AUGGCGCGCCCACCGCUUCUCGAGAACGGCAAGAAGACGAAAGGGCGGCAGCGCAGGGAGCUGCGCCGGGUGGAGGGCAAGGAGCCCCGCCAGGUGACCUUCUCCAAGCGCAAGGCCGGCCUCUGGAAGAAGGCCUCCGAGCUCGCGCUGCUCUGCCACGCCCGCGUCGCCGUCGUUGUCGUCUCCGAGGCCGGCAGGGCCUUCGCCUUCGGCAGUCCCUCCGCCGACGCCGUCCUGGGCUGCGGCGCCGAAGUCACCCCUGAGAACUGGGAGGCCAUGGAGGCGCUGUGCCGGGAGACCAAGGAGAAAGCCGCGGAGGUCGAGAAGGAGGCCGAGCGGAUGAGCGCCGUGGGGAACAAGGUGCUGGAGCUGCAGAGGCAGACGGGCAAGCGCUUCUGGUUCGAGGUAGAUACGGCCGCGCUCGGGGAGGAGGAGCUGCCGGUGUUCGUCAGGGCGCUCCGACGCCUCAGGGACAACGUCGGCCGCCGCGCCGAUAAGAAGCUUCAAAGUGUAGACGUGCUGCAGAUGUUAACAGAGCACUCAUUGCAAACACUCUCAAAGCUGCAAAGUGCUCUGUUACCAGGAAAACGAAAUUUCAACAAUAGCUCUUCUGAUGCCGUAGAUCAAGCACACUCUGAACUCUAUAGGUGUUUCUUCAGAUAUGAUGCAUCAUCACAAAAUAAGGAUAAAACCAUAACAGGGAGCAAUAAUUUGUUCCAGCUGGUGAUCACGCCAUAUUCAGAUUCAGCGGUAAUCCAAAGCGUAAACGCGUAA